CCACUCUGACGUUUGUUAAACGGGAAGCUGGGGUGGACACUGAAGUUGUGUUUUUUGUUCCUCCUGCCGGACAAAAAGCCCAUGGAGAUGUGCUGGAGUACAACGUGGGACCUUUGAGGAGAGCAUGUGUCUGAGUCUGAAGUCAACUUGGGACAUUACUCAGCCUUCAGGAGACGGGCGGCAUCGCUUCUUACCUCGACGAGAGAUUGCGAGCGCGGAAUGCAUGUUGACGGUCGUUCCCCGCGACUGAAGCGAGAAAUUUGCAGUGGAGAAGUUGGACUGUCUUCCCCCAGUGAAUAACUGCUACUUAUUAAUCUCCCGGACGGCUUAAGGUGAAGUGAGGCUAACACCAAAGCAGAAAUGGAUGUGUUUGGUGGAGCACCACGUUUCUUUGCUUAUCCACGACCUGUGGUGGUGCAAAGUGGAGCUGAUGCCGUCCUAAAGUGUCAAAUUGGUGGCGAUCCAAGGCCUGCAGUUAUCUGGGAGCGAAACAAUGAAAAGAUCGACCCCCAGGAACGAUACAGGGUCUUUGAGGACGGUAAUGUUUACAAUCUCAUCAUUUCAGCUGUGACCAAAGAGGACAGUGGCCAGUACAUAUGCAAAGCAAAGAACAGCAUUGGGGAAACGUACGCGGCGGCCACACUGAACGUGGAAGGCGAAGCACAAGAGAUGGAGGUACGAGAGGAGAAUAAGCCGCGGUUCCUCAUCAAGCCCCUCUCCACUCGCGCCGGCCGUGGGGAUGAUGCCGUCUUCUCUUGUAAGCUUUGGGGAAACCCGCGGCCAGAGGUCGUCUGGGAAAAGGACGGCAAGAAACUCAAUGAAAUAUUCGAAAGCACGCAUUUCAGCGUGGGCUUCCAGGACGGUGGAUGGUUCCAGCUCAAGAUCUUUAAGACUCGUGCUCCAGAUGGAGGCGUAUAUACGUGCAAAGCCAGGAAUGAGUUUGGGGAAGCAUUGGCAGGAGCUGUGUUGCUGGUUGAUGCAGGCCCAGCACAUGAGGAUGAGGCAAAUCGCAAUGGCUACACAAAUGGCCACUGGAAAGCCCACCAGGGAAAGCAGAGGAGUGGCAGGCAAGUGCUAAACCGGCUCAAAGACGACACCAUGUCCACUAAAGUGAAAAUGUUUGCAGUGACUGAGGGCAAACAUGCCAAAUUCCGCUGCUUUGUGACUGGGAAGCCCAAACCAGAAAUCAUUUGGAGGAAAGAUGGCAGGCUGAUACUGUCUGGAAGGCGGUACUUGUUAUACGAGGACAGAGAAGGAUACUUCACACUUAAAGUUCUGUACUGUAAGCAAAAGGACAAUGGAGUUUACGUUUGUGCUGCGUCAAAUACUGCCGGGCAAACCCUCAGUGCCGUACACCUCUCCGUAAAGGAGCCGCCUGUGCGGUUCAAGCAGCCCCUCAUUGAUUUAGAAGUGUGGGAGCGAGAUUUGGCUGUUCUCGAGUGUGAAGUUCCGGAGGACUCUGUUCCAAUCACAUGGUAUCUGGAGGACCGACGACUGCAGCCAGGGGCCAAAUAUGGAAUGGAGGAGUGGGGAACAAAACGGCGGCUAACUAUCCGUGACAUCGGAGUUGACGAUGACGGGAUUUACCUCUGCGAGAUGCCCGACGGGGGCAGAAGCAUUGCAGAGGUAGCUGUGAAAGGGACAAUUUUGCGGAAGCUUCCAAGAAAAGUGGAUGUAUUGGAAGGUGAAAAUGCAGCCUUUUGUGUUGAAGUGGACAAAGAAGAAAUGGACAUACACUGGUACAAGGAUGCCGUAGAGUUGCGUGAAACGCAUCAGACCAUCCUCAAGUCCUUCGGUCGAACUCACAUCCUGGUUUUCGUCAAUACAAAUCCCCAAGACUCUGGCCUUGUGACUUUCCUUGUUGGCAGAUCCAAGACUUCCUCUCAGCUUAGAGUGAAAGCGGCCAGACAUUGUCCUCCAAGUUGUCCAGUGAGUGUGCAGAUCAACACAGAGCGUGCUAACGCAGCUCUUCUCUCGUGGUCUCCUGCUCAGGACACUCGAAAGAACCCUCCAUCUGGAUAUGUGCUUGAGCGACAGGAAGUGGGCACAGGCUCACAGGAGUGGCUGCAGUGCCUGACCACCGACUCCGCAACCUCGGUGGAGAUCCUUGGUGACAGCGUACCAUGUGAAGCCGAUUAUCGAUUCCGCAUCUGCAGUGUCAACAAAUAUGGAAAGAGCAACAAUGUUGAGUUCCCAAAAGCUGUUCAUUUGGUUCCAGUUGCCAGAAUACAAGCUCCCUUACAGGAUGCCUUGGUGCCCGAGGGGCAAGACGCCCUCUUCUCUAUUGAGCUCUCUGCUUCAGUUAUCGGUACAUGGUUUUUAAGCGGUACUCAGCUUCAGGAAGACGAGCGUUAUUCCAUGCGCAGGUCACGAACACACCAAUCUCUUCGCAUUCGAGGAGUUCGGGAUACAGACAAUGGAGCCGAGAUCACGUUUAUUGCCUAUAGCAUCCGUGAUUCUGCCGCACUGUACAUUCAAGCUCCUCUUGUCAAGUUUUCACCGAUGUCAGAAAUGGAUCGAAACAAAUUUGUAGAAAUGGGGAACCCCAUUGUGCUCUACUGUGAGCUGUCAGACCCUGCAGCUCCAGUGCACUGGUACAAGAACGGGGUGGAAAUACAAACACUGGAGGGUCUGCAUAUCCAAUCAGAGGGCACCAUGAGAAGAAUUGUCAUCCAAUCAGCAGAGUUUUCACACUCUGGAGUGUAUUGCUGCGAUGCUAUCGAUGACGUCAUCAGGUUCAAUGUGGAAGUAGAGGCCCCACCCGUGAGGUUUUCAGCAAUUCCAGAUGCUGAGAGGAGCCAAACCAUCGAAACGGGAUACCCCAUUGUUUUAUGCUGUGAGCUCUCAGAUCCCUCUGCCCAGGUGCACUGGUACAAAGACGGGUCAAAGCUUCACCCUCAAACUGGAGUAGAUAUUCAAACUGAUGGCUUGGCGAGAAAACUGAUUGUCCAUUCAGCAGAAUUCUUCCACUCUGGGUUAUACUGCUGCAAGACAAAGGGUGACACCGUCACGUUCAGUGUGGACAUCAAAGCUCCACCUGUGAAGUUCUCAGCAAUUCCUGAGGAAAUGAGGACCAAGUCGAUCGAAGCGGGCUGCCCUAUUGUACUCCAGUGUGUGGUGUCGGAUCCUGAGGCCCACGUUUGCUGGUACAAGGAUGAGACGCAGCUCAUUUCAAACUCUGGUUUAGAAAUCCACUCAGAGGGCGACACAAGGACAUUAGUUGUUCAGUCUGCAGAGCUGUGCCACUCUGGUGUGUAUAGAUGCAGCACACAGGAUGAUACCAUGGAGUUUCAAGUGGAGAUCAAAGCUAUAGCAGUGACGUGCUCUACUGUCUUUGACGUUGAGAGAACCAAAUCACUUGAAGAAGGCAAACCUUUGGAGCUGGAAUGUGAGGUUGCAGACUCCACUGCGCCUGUGUGCUGGUAUAAAGACGGUGUAAAGCUCUCCCCGCAGAAUGAUUGGGAUAUACAAAGUAAUGGCACAUUGAGGAGACUCAUUAUCCCAGCUGCUGAGCUCUUGCACUCAGGGCUAUACAGCUGUGAAACCUCUGAUGACACUAUCCACUUCACUGUGGAUAUCAAAGCUCCGACGCUGCCGCUGCUGCUGCUGCCCUCACCAGAGGUGGUGGAGACGCAUUCGCAUGAAGCAACCUGCCCACCUGAGCCAACCUAUGAAACCUCAAACCCUGCUUCCCAGGUGUCACUGCAGAGGGAUAAAGAACAUGAUUCUAAUAAAGAGCCUAAUUUGGAAAUGGGAGGCAUCAAGAAGACCCUUAUUAUUGAACCAACUUCAAACUCUGGAGCAUACUAUUGCGCAACAGCAGAUGAUGUUGCCCAAUUAAUAAUAAACAAUCAAGCGCCACCUCCUGCAUAUCUGCUUGGUCCUGAUGAGAAGUCAGAGUCUGCUGAAACGGACUGCCAAAUUGUUCAGCAGUUUGAGAUUUCAGAUCCCAUUGCCAAAGCCUGUUGGUACAAAGAUGGAACCCAGAUCUACCCAAAAAUGGAAGCCGACUGUGAAUCACAGGGCGGCAGCCAAACUGUGCCCUUCCAGUCACAUGACUUGCCUGGUGACGGGAGGUUUGGCUGUGAACCAUCUGGUGACGCACAGUUAAAUGUGGACAUGAAAGCAGAGCAGUGUCGCUAUGGUCACGAGAUUGGUGAGAUAGCUGAGGCAUCUGCCCAAUACGCUGUGGAUGUUGAAGCUACAUCACCAAGGCUCUCUUCCGACCAAGAACAGAAGUCCACUGAAGAGGCUUGUCCUGUUGAAGUUGACUGGAUGUCCUCAAAAUGCAGUUCUGGCACCUUCUGUGGCAAUAGAGGAGACACACAUACCGAUGAAGAACAUUCCAGGCCUAUGCCAACAUAUGAAUAUAUGGCUGACCAGACUACAACUAAACCGACAAAGGAGCUCUCUGACAAUCAACAAACAACAAAUGCCCAAUCCCCAGUUUACAGUAACUCUGUAAAGCCAACAGUAAUACAAUCUGACACACAACAUCGCACUAACAAGCCCACAGAAUCACAAGGUGAAGAAUUAAUUUACUAUCUUCAGCAUGAAAAAGCCCCACCUGAAGAGCUUGAUAAUUCCCUGCAGACAGAUGAGUUCUGUACUUUUCUUCAAACUGCAGCUUUUGAAUCAGACGAAUCUGCUCUCAAGACUCUAAUGGCCCAAUCAGAAAAGCUAAGAAACUCACUACAGAUGCCAACUGUCCAGUCAGAGCUAGAUAAUCCACUACAUACUUUAACUGCCCAGUCACAACACCUUAAUAACCACUUACAGAUUUCAACAGUCAAAUCAAACAAGUUCUGUAACUCCUUAAAAACUGCAUCUCUGCAGUCACGGGACCCUUUUAAAUCCUCACACACUGCAACUGUCCAAUCAGACGUGUCAUUUAAAGCUACACAUACUACAUCUGUCCAAUCAGAAAAGCCCUUUAAUUUUUCACAUACUGCAAUUGUCCAAUCAGAGGAGCUCUGUAGCUCCAUACCGAUGCCAGCUGUCCUGUCAAAGAAACCUCUUGAUUGCUUACAAACGGAAACUUUCCGUUCAGAGGGGCCCUGUGACUCCUUCAGGAUUGCAACUGCCCAAUCAGAGGAGCCCUUUAACGCCUCACAAACAGAAACUGUCCAAUCAGAGGAGCCCUUUACAUUUUCUCAUACUGCAACUGUCCAUUCAGAGAAGCUCUGUAGCUCCAUACCGAUGCCGGCUGUCCUGUCAAAAAAACUUUUGGAUUGCUUACAAACAGAAACUUUCCAUUCAGAGGGGCCCUGUAACUCCUUCGGGAUUGGAACAGCCCAAUCAGAGGAGCCCUCUAAAUCCUCACAAACGUCAACCGUCAAAUCAGGUGAGCCCUUUAAAUCUUCACAUUCUGAGACUGUCCAAUCAGAAGAGCCCUUUAAAGCUGUACAGGCAGCAACUCUCCAAUCAGUAGAGCCUUUUAAAUCUUUAAAAACUGCAAUUGUCCAAUCAGAGGAGCUCUGCAGCUCCACACAGAUGCCAGCUGUCCUGUCAGAGGAGCGUCUUGAUUGCUUACAAACUGAAAUUGUCCAUUCAGAGGGGUCCUGUAACUCCUUAUGGGCUGCAACUGACCAAUCAGUGGAGUUUAACAGAAACCAACAGACAUCAACUGCCCAUUCAGAGAAGCUCAGUGACUUACGUAACACUGUAUACCCUCAAUCAUUGGACUCUAAAGACACAGGAAUGGUGCAACCAAGAAAGCACUACAACUUGCGACAGUUGCUGCAUGCUAGAGUGGAUGACGUCUAUCACACAGGACAGACAGUACAUCACCAGGCAGAACUGCUGUCUCAGUCCAAGCAGGCCAAACCAGGCCAUGCAGAGUGUCACCACACCAUGAAGGCAUCAGAAGACCAAUUAGACAGCACAGUUAACACUGGGCAAAGAUCCUCUACCCAGUGUGCAGAGCCUCACUAUAUCAAGCAGGCUUCUACUGUCCAAUCAGAAGAUAUCUAUCUAUCACGGACAUGUGACAGUCACUGGAGUGACAGUGUCACUGCAAAUAAGGUGGCUGUUGAAGCAUCCCCAGCUCCACCUGUGAGAAUUACAACACUUUGUGAGGCUGAGAGGAACAACGCUGUUGAAGUUGAUGAGCCAAUAGUGCUGAGAUGUGAGAUAUCAGAUCCUAACGCUCAAGUUAAUUGGUACAAGGACGGAAUAAAUCUACGGGAAGCAGCUGGGCAAGACAUGCUGGCAGAGGGUUCCAUAAGAACACUGGCUUUCCAGUCAGCGAUGCCGUCUCAUGCAGGGAUUUACAGCUGCAAUACAACGGAUGAUGCAAUGCAGUUUCAUGUGGAUGUUGAAGCUCCACUUCUGAAGUUUUCAGCUUUAUCUGAGGGUGACCAGCAAAAGACGGUCAUGGCAGGCUUUCCCAUUGCUCUACAAUGUAAGCUGUCAGAACCCACGGGACAGGUCAGCUGGUACAAGGAUGGAACAAAGCUCCUCCCUCAAAACCGAGUGGACAUCCAGUCAGAAGGAAGUUUGAGGAGUCUAGUUGUCCCAUCGGCAGAGCAGGCUCACAGUGGCGUAUACCGUUGUGAGUCAAAGGAUGAUGACAUCCAGUUUGCUGUGGAAGUAAAAGCUCUACCUGUGAAGUUCUCAGAGCUUCAAGAGAGUGACAAGAGCAAGUCUGUCCAAGAAGGUUCUCCAAUUGUCCUCAGCUGUGAACUCUCUCACGAUCGUUCUGCUUAUGUCGACUGGUACAAGGAUGGGUUGAAGCUCCUACCGCAAAACAAUGUGGAAAUACAGUCAGACGGUCUUACAAGGACACUACUCAUCCACUCAGCUGAAAACAAAGAUGGUGGCACCUAUGAAUGUUCAACAUCAGAUGAUACCAUCACAUUUAAAUUGGACGUAGAAGGCCGAUUGCCACAGAUCAUGCCAAUCCCACUGUCUGAAAAGUACAAGAUGGUUGCAAUGGGUUGUCCAAUUAUCCUACAGUGCGAGGUCUCAGACCCGGUCGCCCAGGUUUCCUGGUUUAAAGAUGAGGUGGAGCUCUUUAGCAAAACUGGCCUCGAUAUGAAAAGAGAUGGAAGCCUGCGAAAACUAAUGAUCCAUUCUGCUAAGGUCUCCGACUCUGGCCUCUACAGUUGUAGCCUCGCUGAUGAUGUUGUGACAUUCCAUGUCGACGUCGAAGCCUCACCUGUGAGGUUUUCAGCACUUCCAGAGAUCGCAAGAAACAAAUUUGUGGAGGCAAGCUGCCCAAUAAAGCUGCAGUGUGAAGUCUCAGAGCAAACUGCCCAGGUCUAUUGGCACAAGGAUGGAGAACAGCUACUUCCAAAGUGUCAAUAUGAACUCCAAGCAAAAGAAAAACUGAGACCAUUGGUUAUUACAUCAGCAGAAGUCAGACACUCUGGUGUGUACAGCUGUGAUGCCGCAGACGACCAUAUAGAAUACAAGGUGGAUGUUGCAGCUGUUACAGAGGCUGAGAGGAGCAAAUCUGUUGAAGCAGGCAGUCUGAUCAAUCUGAAGUGUGAGAUCGCAGACCACACAGGCCACACCUCCGGGUGCGAGGACGGAAUAAAACUCUCGCAAAAAUUGGGAACAAACAUCGAUUCAGAGGGCAAUAAGAGGACACUGGCUAUGAAGUCGGCCACGUCUUCAAGCUCUGGAGUGUACAGUUGUAAAACCAAUGAUGAUUCAGAUUUCAACGAUUUCUAUGUGGAGGUGAAAGCGCCACCGGUAACAUUUGCAGAUACCCGAGAGGAGGACCUUUUCAAGAGUGUUGCGGAACGAGAACAGUUUGUUCUGUCUUGUGAAGUAUCACGGGCUGACGGCAUUGUCCAGUGGUACAAAGAUGGAACUGAAAUGCAACCAUGCAACAAUAUCACAAUGCAAGCAGAGGGCACCAAAAGGAAUCUGACAGUAGACUCAGCCCAACUGUCCAACACAGGCACAUACACAUGCCGUGCAGGAGACAAUAUUCUCAUGUACAAAGUUAACAUACGAGAACCUCCGGUGUUGAUAAUCUACCCCAAGGAGGAUGUCCACCUUGACCGUCAUGUCCCCGAGGAAAUUAUUCUGAGCUGUGAAUUGUCUCGUCCAAAUGGUCUCGCCAGCUGGUUCAAAGAUGGUCAAAAGCUGCAGGAGAGCGAGAACAUCAAGCUCAAGAUUGAAGGCCCUUAUCGACGACUGAAGAUUGUUUCCAGUGGAGUGGAAGAUUCUGGAGAAUACGUCUGUGAUACAGCCGACACUUCAAUAUUCUUUCACCUUAGUAUUACAGAACCUCCAGUGCAGAUUGUGUCCCCAAGUCAGUCCCAAAUGGAGCUGUGCCAACAGGCCUCUGAGAGGAUGGUACUGAGCUGUGAGAUCUCCAGGCCCAAUGCAGUGGUGCGCUGGUAUCGAGACGGACUCGAAGUGGAGGAGAAUGGGAACCUUAUCCUAGAGGUGGAUGGCGUCUACAGAAGACUUAUUAUACCGGAAACUACUGUCAAAGAUUCCGCCGAAUACGUCUGCGAUACCGCAGAUGACUCCAUGACAUUCUUUGUAAACAUAGCAGAGCCUCCUGUUCGUUUUGUACGUCUAAGGAAGAUGGCAGGCAGAGUAGACAAAGUGGCCGGGGACACUCUUGUUCUAGACUGCGAGGUUUCAAGAUCGAAUGCAGAGGUCACCUGGAAGAAGAACGGGGAGGAAGUAGAAGACUCCAGAAAUAUCACCAUCCUUGAGGAUGGCGUCAUGCGUCAAUUAACUGUUCACUCACUAACAAUGGAAGAUGCUGGGCAAUAUGUCUGCGAUGCAAAGGAUGAUGUGAUGGAUUUCCAUGUAAAAGUACAAGAGCUGCCUGUGAAGAUUCUUGGAAAAACAGACGCAAAAACAGAAAAGCAGUUCUUAGUAUCAGAUGACAUUAUUCUAGUGUGUGAACUGUCGAGAUCCAAUGCCUCAGUCAGUUGGUACAAAGACAAUCAGCUAAUUGAUGACACUGAGCGAUACUGUAGCGAAGAGCAAGGCGUCUUCAGAUCACUGGUCGUCCUAAAUGCUGGGCUAGAGGAUUCAGGAGAGUACACCUGUGAUGCUGUGGAUGAUAAGAUGGUCUUCUACAUCACCGUCAAAGAGCCUCAAGUACAGAUCAUUGGAAACUCCGGCCACCCGGAGCAUCACAUCCUGGUGGCAGGAGAUGACCUUAUUUUGGAGUGUGAGGUGUCUCGGCCGAACGCCACCGUUCAGUGGUUAUGGAAUGGCGAGGUCUUGAAACCAGACACUCGUAUAAAGAUCAACAGCUAUGAGCUUGUGAGGAAGCUUGUUGUCUCUGGACUUCGGCCCUCAGACUCCGGAAAAUACAUUUGUGAUGCCAUCGAUGACAAACUGACAACAAUUGUUGAGGUCCAAGAGUCCACGGUCAAGUUCGAAAAUAAAAAAACGAGCAACAACCUCUCAGCCUAUGAAAAUGAGAGUGUUACAAUGUGCACCAUUGUGAGCCGAGAAAGAGCGAACAUUCGUUGGCUGAAAGAUGGCCAACUAUUGAACGGGGACAACAUUCACAUCUCCAGUGAGGGUAAUACCCACAAGCUCACCAUUAAUCCCCUGCAGCUGUCAGAUUCUGGAGAAUAUGUCUGUGACGUCAAGACAGACGAGAUGUAUUUCAGUCUUUUAGUCAAAGAAAUGAAGGCGAAAUUCAUCAGACCACUGGAGAACAUUGUGUCUCUGAAGGGCAGUAGCCUUAUAUUACGAUGCGAGAUCAACAAGCCCAAAGGAGAUGUCCAGUGGCUAAAAGAUGGGCAAGAGAUCUCUCCAAGCCGUCAGCACACAAUAAGGGCACAAGGCCGAGAGCGAAGCUUCACCAUCCACCAACUAGUGGAAGAAGAUGCUGGAGAAUACGCCUGUGAAUCCACAGAUGACAGGACUUCAGCUUCUGUCACUGUAGAAACUCUCCGUGUUGUCGAGUUCAUAGCGGACCUUCGUAACAUCACCGUCUGUGAAGGAGAAGAUGCGGUGUUUAAGUGUGUGGUUUCACCAGAGGACACCCGGUUGGUGUGGCGCUUAAACGGCAAGCAAGUAGCUCUGACCAAGCGUACGGUCAUUUCAAGUAACGGGCUAUGCCACAUGCUCUACAUCCACAACUGCAUGGUUUCAGAUAGCGGCAGAGUGACAGCUGAUGCAGAGGGUUCGGUGUCAGAGGCAGAACUCCAGAUUCAAGAACAACAGGUGUUUUUCACCAACAAAAUGACACCAGUUGAGGCUGAAGAGUACAGUGAGGCAACUCUAGAGGUGGAGGUGAGUCUGGAUUCGGGAGAGGUGCAGUGGAUGAGGCAGGGGGUACUGAUCCACCCUGGGGCCAAGAAUACCCUGAAACACAACGGUCGAAAACACAGUCUCACCAUCCACAAACUGGCCAUGUCUGACCGCGGCACCUACAGCUGUGAGACCCUCCAUGACCGCACGCAAGCCCAGCUCACAGUGGAACCUCGGAAAAUCACAAUCAAAAGAAGGCUGACUGACAUUAAAAUCACAGAGCGAGAAACGGCAUCUUUUGAGGUGGAGCUCUCCCAUCCCAAUGUUCCAGGCACCUGGAUGAGAAACGCAAUCAAGCUUAAGGCAACGAAUCACUUCCGUAUGAGCGCCAAGGGACAAGUCCACAGCCUCACCAUCUCUAACCUAUCAGUAGAAGACACUGGCUCCUUUACCUUCUGUGUGGAGAAUUUGAAGACAUCUGCAAGGCUCGUUGUGAAGGAGCCCCCAUUGACCAUUUUCAGAAAACUGGAGGAUCAGAAAUUCCCUGAAGGGGCAGUAAUCUCUCUGGAGUGUGAGCUAUCAAGACACAACGUUGAUGUGAAAUGGAUGAAGAAUGGGGUCGAGGUAAAGCGAGGCAAGGACUUGCGCAUAUAUUCAAUGGGAAGGAAACGGUUUCUUCAGAUCCUGAAAUGUAAUGUCAGUGAUUCUGGCAUUUACACCUGCGAUGCUGGAGAUGUUACAACAAGCUGCACUGUGGAGGUGUACGAGCGCGAGCUGCUGAUCCUGCAGGGCCCGAAGGGCUUGGACAUCCAGGAGGACCAGAACGCGGUGUUUGUUUGUGAGCUCUCCGUGGAGAACAUGCCAGGAGAGUGGUACAAAAACGGGGAGAGGAUACAACCCACCAGCACCAUCAAGAUCCGGCAGGAAGGCACCAAACAUUUUCUCCUCAUGUGCAAUGUGAAGGCAGAGGACUCUGGAGAGAUCAAGUUUGUCUCCAGACAUAUUGAAUCUGUCGCUUACCUGGAGGUGGAAGAGCUUCCUCUGAACAUCGUCAAACCCCUGCAGGACACGACCGCCCUCGAGAAGAGCCGCGUGCUCCUCGACUGCACCGUGUCCAACCCCAGAUGCAGCAUCCGCUGGUACAAAGGCAGCAACGUCAUCCUGCCCUCCGAGCGCUUUGAGAUCUGCAGCGAAGGCUGCUAUCGCAAACUGAUCCUCCAGCAGGUGGUGCUAGACGACGAGGGCACGUACAGCGUGCAGGUCGGGGAGUACUCUUGCUCCGCCAAACUGACAGUGGAGGCCCAGUCACCGUUGAUGGUCAGAGAGCUGAGGGACGUGGAGGUCGUGGCGCCCGACGAAGCCUGCUUUGAAUGCGAGGUCUCGGUGCCGGUCCUCAAAGCUCCCGUGUGGAGUCUGAACGGCGAGCCCUUACAGCCGAGCUCUCGGGUACUGCUGGAGAAGAUGGGCACGGUGCACAGGCUGACCCUCAGACAAACCUCCCCGGACAUGAGCGGAGAGGUGGAGUUCACCUCUGGGAAAGCGAAAAGCAGAGCCCAGCUUCGGGUACGGAGUGAUCCAUGAGUGACGUCUUCUAUCUGUCCUCACCUAAUUGACAUGGAUGGAUUUAUCAUAUUGAUGCUUUUAAGUUGUAACAUUGACAUUGCUUAUGUAUUGACAAACAGUACGUCUAUAAACGUGGUUUAAACAGGGUUGUGAUGGAUUUUCAUGCGGUUAAUUCAGGGAGUGGAUUUUCUUUCAUUAACGUGCUUUGAAGAAUUUUCUUUUAUGAAAUUUCUGUUCAUAUAAUAUAUAAAGGUUGUCAUAGUCAGUGUGUGUGAGUACAUUUCAAACAGUUACUUUAUCAUGAUGCAAAUUGCAGUUUGGAUGUAAAUAAUGUCCUGUGUGUAACUGGUCUGACUGUAACCAUGUUAUGGAGGCUUAAACUCGAUGUGUAUUUAUGCCAAUAAAUAUCUUAGUUGAAAACUAAAGAAACAAGCGGAAAGAACAAGUACAUGGUUAGGAAGAUACGAGAACGGAAAGUCUCGAAAGUUGAGUGCAAUCAACCCACAAUACAUGUAAAGAGACACUUGCUUCAAAUACUAAUGUAGAGCAAAAACAGAAUCUCUUAAAGGUAUGAUCAUCUUUGUGAGUCUUUUAUGAUAUGUCCCUAUUUAAGAUAUUUGCCAGUUUAAAAACAAAACAAAAAAAACACAUGCUUUACACAUAUCUUUAACCAUAACUUAGUUGCAGUCUACAUGUGCAAUUGUGCUAGUUAUUACGCAAUAUAAUCUGAUUUGCACACAUUUUAAUUUCCCCAUAUAUCAGUGUGGUUUUGUGCAGCUGUUUUCAGUGUGACCACAUAAGAAACACAGUCGACUACAGCCAUGUCUCCAUAUCAAAUUUAGAUGUUAGAAUGGAUCAUCCAAGCAACGAUUCAUUACAUUUAACAAUUCACAUCUUUUCAUCGGUUGUCAAUUGUACAGAAUUCGGGUUUUUUUUUUACGUUUUGAUGAAAAGUUUGAAUGAAAGGCAAUUCUGUCUUGCAGCAAGGGGCUUGUGAUGUAAAUACAUUGGGCCAAAAAUCUGGUAAUUUAGAAAAGAAAUAGGUUAAGAAAUGUCUUGAUCACCUUGAUUGAUAAUCAGGGCAUGCUAGUUGUAUUGUGCUUGAACUUAACGGAGAAUGAUAGUCGUUUUCAUAUGAAAUCUGUUCCAUAUUCCAUUUUUUUUUCAUUGACUCGUUUCCACCUCUGCCAUGUUGUGCUGAGCGUUGAGGUAUGUGAAAAAAAGGUACUGUCGUAAAAUGUGACCCGUUUCAAUAAAACAUGCUUUAUUGACGCA